CUUUAGACCGUACAUUUGCAAAUCAAUAAGACACCGAGAUACCAAUUCUAUGUACUGUUUCAUCAAUGCUUCAGUGGAAUACCAAUUCUAUGUACUGUCUGAGGAGCAAAAUGAAUGUCAUUACAAUUGUCGUUUUAACUGUUGUAAGUGUUGCCUCGCAAGGCGACCAAGAUGUGGUGAUUUGUCCACAUGGGGUUAAGUAUGAUCUCUCCCCUGGAAGUCGUGGGUUCGAAUGUGCGUCCUCGCUGUUGGACAGCUUGAGUCUCGUCUGUGGUGGUUCUGGUAAAUUCGCUCGUUUGUCAGGUUUUGCAUCUAUCUUCAAAGAAAAACAACAAGCGAUGAAAGACUUUCAGAAGGAGAUAUUCUGUCAGUGUUGUUUGAAGCAGUGUUCUGUGGAUGAAAUACGCUCAUUUUGUCCAUAAUAUACAAAAUCAUCUUUCCAGUCCAUUUGAUGUAUAUCAAUAAGUUUUUUUUUCAAAACAAAAAUACUUUCUAAGUAUUACAAUGAUUAUUAUACAUCAACUAUUUUUGGAUUUUUGAUUAUUCAGAGAAAUAAUUUGCUGCUGCGGACUACAAAAAUUAAAGAAAAUCUUUGACACA